UGGCUUUAUGCUGCAUAUUAUUUUAUAUCACCUCACCCCUCCCCUGCGUGGUAGAUAUUACUAUCAUUAUCCUCAUUUUAGAGACAAGAGAACUGAGGCACAGAGAGAUCUAGUGACUCACCCAUGGUUACAUAGCUGGCAAACAGCAGUUCUAGGAAGUGGACUCAGACUCCAGGAAAAGGUGUCUCAUCUUUACAACAUGCUGUUUCAUCUUCAUGCAACGUGUUUUCUUACCCAGGAUCUGGGGUAGGUACAUUUCCUGCCUGCCAAGUUCUCCCAGUCAUAAGCACUCAGCCCAAUCCCUGACAUGUGGUGAUGCUUCUCUGCUCUACCAGGCCAAGACAUUGUGAUUCAACUCAGGUUCUCCCCUAUGCCUCUGCCUUCUUCCUCUCCCUGCUACUUCCCUGUGAAAAGGCCAAUGACAAAAAUAAUUCACAGGGCUUCCCUCUGUCUUUGGUAACUACCCUGUGACAAGUCAAGAGUGCUAGUGCCUGACAAACACCACUGUUUGAUAAGGAAACAAAUAUGGAAGAAAGGGACAGGGCAAAUCCUUCCAAGGUUUGGUGAGAAAUAUGAGUGGGCAUGUAAGAAGAAGAUCCAAAUCUGCAGGAAGAAGAGAGUCUUCCCAGGUUGUUGGGCCUCUGGUUGCUCAGCAGCCCAGUGAUAAACCACCUCAACUAGAGGAACCACCGUCUGAGAAUCAGGAUACUAUAUCUGCUCAGGACAUUGAAGGGCCUGCUAUGGAAGCUGAUCAACAGGAACUGGCUCUGCUGAAGACUGUGGAUAAGCCUGGGGAUGGUCCUGAUGUGAAGGGUGAGAUUCUACCAAGUCUAGAGACCAUUGAAAAGCCAGAAGCAGGUGAAGGGCAACCACGGAUUUAAACAAAGGUAGACUGAAGCUAAGUACGCUGUCCCUAUGUUGGAAAUUUGACUGUUCACCAUCUCUCAAUAAAGUUUUACAACUUUCUUC